AAAUGAGCAUCAUUCAGAAUACGGCAAUCACAAGGUCUACUCUUAUCAAUGAAGACAUGUUCCUAAGCUUGGUGGACUUCCAGACUGUUUUGGGUGGAUCACUUAAAACAUGUUUUCUCAUUGAUGUGAUUGGUCAAGUUAUGGACUUGGGAGAUCUUGAAACUAUUCAAGUCUCAGGCAAACCAAGAAUGAAAGUGGAGUUUACCCUUCGCGAUAUCAAUGAUGCUCGUGUUCCCUGCUGCCUGUGGGGUAAAUUUGCGGAAAUCCUCUACGAGGGGUGUAGUAAAGACGAAGAAGGGAAGCCCAUUUGUCUAAUAAGGUUUGCCAAGAUCGGGAGAUUUAGAGGUGAAAUCCAAAUCACCAAUGCUUUUGAGGCAUCACUGCUGUUGAUUAAUCCUGACAUAGCAGAAACUGCUGCUUUCAAACAAAUGUAAUAUUUU